CUUUCUAGCGUAGAAGGGGCGGGUACGUAAAGGGGUUGCUGUGCUUUACAGAGAUUCACAGACAUGUCGAACGACAGUAUGAGGUCAGCCAGUGCGUUUCAGACUGGGAUCUUGCUGCUUCUGGCAGUGCAGAUCCUCUGUUUCAGGCCGACAAAUGCUGAUCCAGAAGCAGGCACAGUUAUUCCUGCCGAGAGUCGGCCUUGCGUUGACUGUCACGCAUUCGAGUUCAUGCAGCGGGCGCUCCAAGAUUUGAAGAAGACGGCAUUUAACCUGGACUCGCGGACUGAGAAUUUAGUCCUGAGGGCGGAAAGAAAGGCCCUGUGUGACUGCGUUCCCGCCAGCACCUUGCGUUAAACAGAAAGGCCACACGUAACGGAUACUCAGCUGACCAUUCAACACCCAUGUGCACCGACUGCCUGCAAUACGCAUUCACUCAUUCACUUACAAACCUUUACAAAGUAACCAUGGACACUGUCACCUGCUCUCUAUUGCAUCUCUAUAAGAACUGCACUCAUUGUACUCUUAAUGAUGGAGAAUUAUACAUCACCCUAUCAGAAGCUAUAGGACGCAAAUGUAUAAGUAUUUUAUGUCAUAUAUAAGUUCAAUAGUCUAUAUUUCAGAGCUAGAUUUUAUAAUAUCGUUUUUGUUUUGUGAAGUCAGAGAUCGAGAUAGAAGGGUCUUUGAAUAAGAUGUAGUAUACUUUGAAAGAGGUGAUUGACAUGCGUCAUACAAAGCAUAUAAUUUGCACAGUAGAAUAGUGUGUAUUUACCAUUUGAUUUUCAUGUUAUAUGUGCGCGUUUUAGAUCAGAUGUAUGGGAAAAAAAAACGUUUAUGACACUUGUUUUCUUUUAGGUAACGCCACUUUGAUUGUGAAAAUAUACAGAGACGGUACAAGCAAGGCCCUGUUUUAGAGUAAAGUGAAACAUUAUGGAAUUGCAGUCUUGAUUCGUGAAGUUGAAAUCUUUUGUCAAAAUUUGCGUAGCUUAUUAGCUGACGUUUUUGUUUUGGUAGAUACUGUAGCAUGAGGAUAGACUAGACAGUAGUUAAAAUCUUUUUUUUUGUUGUUGUUCAUUUUGAACCAUUUUGGAAAACAUGAUCUAGAG